UAUUGGCGUUAUAUAACACGGUCGGAAGAAAUCUGGCAAUACUGCAAGACGUGUCGUGAACGAGAGAUUUUUAUGUUUUGUGAAAUUCUGCUGAAAGUUUAAAUAAUGGCAGCCAUACAGGGAGCUUUAUCGGCUGCCGAACGGUCUAUGAGAUCUGUUUUUGUCGGUAAUAUACCAUACGAAGCCACAGAAGAACAACUGAAAGACAUUUUCUGUGAAGUUGGACCCGUCGUCAGCUUCAGAUUGGUGUACGAUAGAGAAACCGGUAAGCCCAAAGGUUAUGGGUUUUGCGAAUAUAAAGACCAGGAUACGGCUCUGAGUGCCAUGAGAAAUCUCAAUGGUUACGAAUUUAACGGGAGAGCGUUGAGAGUCGAUAAUGCGGCUAGCGAAAAGAAUAAAGAGGAACUAAAAAAUUUACAAGCUUCUUUGGGUGGUCCUCCGGCGGAAAGCCCUUAUGGGACGGAAGUGGAAUCGAACGAAGCGCCAGAAUCCAUUUCUAAAGCCGUGGCGAGUUUACCACCGGAACAGAUGUUCGAAUUGAUGAAACAGAUGAAAAUGUGCAUCCAGAACAAUCCGAACGAAGCUCGGAACAUGCUGUUGCAGAAUCCGCAACUUGCUUACGCACUGCUACAGGCUCAGGUGAUUAUGAGAAUUAUCGACCCGCAGGUUGCUCUCAGUAUUCUGUAUCGUCAGAAUGUCAACCCUCCUUCGGUCUUGCCGCAGUCGAAUGGCGAAACCCAGCAGCCUGUGCCUCGGGAGACAUCCGGAACUCAGGCUCUGUUGGUCGGCCAGUCUGGAGCGUGCGGUGCUCCUCCUUUGGUGUCUGCUGUGGUUUCUGUUCCGCAGUCUUAUGGUUCUCCUCUGCCCGGACCGGGAACCCAACCUCAGGUGAGCAUUGGUGGCAAUAAGCCGCCGUUUUCGGCCCUUCGCACUUCCUUGCUCGGAGACAGACCUCCGUUGGGAGUGCGAGCCGAGGGACCGCGGAUGGGCGUGGUGCCGCCCUUUCCGGAAAGCAGGGUUCCGGAACCGUUCGAUCCCCGUCUGGCCAGAAGUUUGGGGGACAGAGACAUGAGACAGAAUCUGGGCGAUCGCGACAUGCGCCAACUUCCUUUGGGAGACCGCGACAUGAGGCAGAUGAUGGCCGAUCAGGACUUGCGUACUUUGCCUCCCGUGCAGGGUGUUACAGAAAGUCACGUUCCGUUUGAUCCGCGUUUUAGAAACGUCCCACCAGAUCGAGGUGGAAGUGGCGGGGCACCCUUCGAUCCCCGUCUUGGAGCGAGGGCGGCCGCAUUCGAACAGAGAGGUGCGUUCGAUGCUCCGAGAGGCAUGAAUCCAUCUCAGGUUAGAUUCGAUGUUCCAAGACCUAGCCAUCCUCUGCCUCCAAAUAUUCCCGGAAUGGGAAUGUCCACCAGACCUUUGACGGCUCUCAGGGGGGCUAUGCCCGUCACCACCGUUCCCACUUCUGGUAUACCACCUGUACAAUCUGUGGGACCGCGAAUGUCUGCACCGGCACCUGUACCCGCACCCGCACAACCUCCGGUAACCACUCCCGAUCAAGAGAAGGCUGCUCUCAUCAUGCAAGUUUUACAGUUGUCGGACCAGCAGAUUUCAAUGUUACCUCCCGAGCAGCGUCAAAGUAUCAUGAUAUUAAAAGAACAGAUAGCAAGAAGUGCACAGCCAUAAUUUAAUGUCAAUAAUGAAAAAUUUAAUUUACUAAAUAAAAUAAUUUUUUAUAUGAUUAUGAAAAUGUAAAGUUUUGUCUUUAAA